AUGUCAAUUGCGAUUCGAGUAAUCGCCCUUACCUGUUGCUUCAUUGCGCUCGCUGAUGGAUUUGAUUGCAAGAUUACUGUCCGAGUCACCUCGAAAACAGACAAGAAGUUCAAAGCUGUCGUGGUAGUACCUGCACUUGGAGUCCAAUCUCUUCCCAUGAUCUUUGACGGGAAAACAACCAAGAAAGUACAGGUGAAUGGCGAAGAUUGCGGAAACAAGCCAUGGAUGGUGAAAACCUUCAAAUGGAAACACGGUGAAUGGAGACCAGCAAAAAAUAUCACCGCCAAAUUCCAGGGUAAUGGCUGGUUCAGGGUGACCGUCGAGGAUGAUCUUGAACCUCGCCCAACGGACAGAUUUGGUGUCGCAUGCUAUGAAGGAUUCUGCGGAUAA